CAGUGAUCGGACUAUCCGCGAAGUCAGACAGUGAUCGAGCAGUGGCACGAUCCGACACCUCGCUACUUUCGCUGCCGGAAAAAUGCGAGAAUGUAUAUCCAUCCACAUAGGGCAGGCAGGCGUGCAAAUGGGAAAUGCCUGCUGGGAGCUCUAUUGUCUCGAGCACGGGAUACAUCCCGACGGGCAGAUGCCGAGCGAUACCACGGUGGGUUACGGGGACGACUCCUUCAACGCGUUCUUCUCCGAGACGGGUUCGGGAAAACACGUUCCGCGAGCGGUUCUGGUUGAUCUCGAACCGACGGUGGUAGACGAAGUCCGCACGGGCACUUACAAGCAAUUAUUUCAUCCGGAACAAAUGAUCACCGGGAAGGAAGACGCGGCUAAUAAUUAUGCCAGAGGUCACUACACAAUAGGAAAAGAGAUCAUAGAUCUCACCUUAGACAGAAUACGCAGACUGACGGAGCAGUGCAAAGGCCUGCAAGGGUUUUUGAUCUUCCAUUCGUUUGGCGGUGGCACGGGAUCGGGAUUCUCGAGUCUGCUCAUGGAACAACUGUCUGCGGAUUAUCCGAAGAAGAGCAAACUGACUUUCAGCAUUUAUCCAGCGCCGCAGGUAUCGACUGCAGUAGUGGAACCUUACAACGCGAUCCUGUACACUCAUCCGACAUUAGAACACACCGAGGUCGCUUUCAUUGUAGACAAUCAGGCGAUUUACGAACUUUGCAGACGGAACUUGAACAUCGAUCGACCAACGUAUACGAAUUUAAAUCGGCUGAUUGGACAAAUAGUUUCCUCUAUUACUGCCAGUUUGCGUUUCGAUGGCGCCCUGAAUGUCGAUCUCACGGAAUUCCAGACUAAUUUAGUGCCUUAUCCGCGCAUUCAUUUUCCACUCGCCACUUAUGCACCGGUAUUGUCAGCUGAAAACGCCGGACACGAGAGAGUGACCGUCGCGGAAAUAACGAAUUCCUGUUUCGAGCCAAAUCAACAGAUGGUAAAUUGCGACCAGCGUAUGGGAAAAUAUAUGGCAGUGUGUUUGCUGUACAGAGGCGACGUGGUGCCCAAAGACGUGAACGCGGCGAUCGCGACGAUAAAGCGACAGAAACACGUGCAAUUCGUCGAGUGGUGCCCGACGGGAUUUAAGGUGGGAAUAAACUAUCAACCACCUACCGUCGUACCGGGUGGCGAUCUAGCGCGAGUCGAACGAGCCGUGUGUUGCCUCUGCAAUACAACGGCGAUCGUUGACGCGUGGGCUCGACUCGAUCAUAAAUUCGAUCUCAUGUACGCCAAACGAGCUUUCGUGCAUUGGUUCGUCGGGGAAGGUAUGGAGGAGGGUGAGUUUUCGGAAGCCAGGGAAGAUUUGGCCGCCUUGGAACUCGACUAUCGCGAGGUGCAAGAAGACGCUGUCAACACCGAGGAAGAGGAAGAAUAUUGAAAAAAAAAGAAAA